AUGACUGUCAUAUAUUCGUUGAUAGCCUUAAUAGGGAUCAUUGGAAAUAUAUUAGUGAUUGUUGUUGUGAAGAAAGUGCCGAGCAUGAUUACACCAACCAAUUGUUAUUUGGUAUCCCUGGCUUUAUCAGAUUGUCUUUUUCUUUGUGCGGCUUGGCCUGUAGAAUUUAGCUAUCUACAUGCGGAUCAGAAUGAUUAUGCUUUCGGGGCUAUCGGCUGCAAGAUACUUACAUUCCUUCCAUAUUUGGGGAUUAAUGCGAGUUCAAUGUCAAUUAUGGCUUUUACAAUUGAGCGAUUUAUUGGAAUAUGCUACCCCUUAAGAGCCCGAUAUAUUUGUACUGUAAAAAGAGCCAAAUUAAUUAUUCUUUUUAUUUGGUGCUUUUGUAUUCUUUAUAAUAGCCCUUGGCUUUACUUGGCUACUCUCAAACAAAUUGAAGGUGUUGUGGUAUUUGUUGCCGAUUUUUCUACCUUUUACAUUUUGCCAAUGUUCCUCUAUAUUUAUUUAUAUGGCAAAAUAGCCUAUACCCUUACAAAGUGUGAAUGGGUUAUCGGAACGGGUAGUGCUACUCGCCUUGUUAAUAAUAAUUUUUCAAUAUCAGCCGCUAAGAGUAGUAUUAAUUCUCAAUCAAGUGUUAAAGGUUCAAGUAGAUCCCCUAUUAAAUCUAAUGAACCAGAAUCUCAAACAAAUAAUAUUGGGUCUUCAAACUCUAGACGUGCUUCUACUAGUGUGAAUAGUAAAUUACAGGUAAUUAAAAUGCUUGCCUUAGUAGCUUUUAUUUUUGCCGUUUGUUGGUUACCUUAUAGGGCUAUGGUUAUGUACAAUUCUUUUGCUUCUGCAAUUAAUUGGGAACCUUGGGAUUAUGAUUGGUUAAUUUUUAUGUCCAAAACAAUGAUUUUCUUCAAUUGUGCUAUUAAUCCAGUCCUUUACAAUUUAAUGUCCAGUCGGUUUCGAAAGGCUUUUAGACAGCUACUAAGAGGGCAGAAGAGGCAUAUUAAUGUUUAUAAACGCGGAUCGUCUUAUCUUCACGAUCAGAAUAAAAAGAUUAAUGGAGAUGAGGCGACAGAGAUGACAGCAGAUAUAAAGAGAUUUAGCACGAUAGUUACUUCGGGAAGGGAAGAGGAAUGCUUAAAUGGGACCUUAAAUAAUUAA